GCAGCGCCGGGAGAGAGAGAGAGAGCUGCGAAAAUAAAAGGGCAAGACGAGACGGGACAGGAGCGGAAAAGCGGCUGUGUCGGCGGGGGCGGCUGCGGCACCCUUUCCUUGCCAAGAACCGUCUUUGAUUUGUCCAAGAUGCCAUGGAGCGGCCCACGGCAAGCCGUUUCUGUAGUCGACUUCUGAAACCGGUCCCCGGAUUCAAUGCGCUUUUGAGGAGCUCCGAUCUCGGGAUUACACCUGGGGCUGCCCGCCAUCUGGAGGACAAGAAGUUGGGAGAUCUCACCAAACCAACUAGGUCCAAAGGAGGUCAACUGAACCCGACCGAGUCCAUCCGAGGUCAAUUUAACCCAAGCAGGUCCAAGUGAGGUCAGCUGAACUCACAUUGGUCCAACCGAGGUUAGCAGAACCCAACCUGGUCCAUCGGAGAUCAUCUCAAUUUAACCAGGUCCACCCGAGGUCCGCCUCGCUCCAUCCAGGUGCAGCCAAGGUCUGCCACAACCCCAGGAACUAUGCGUGAUCCGACCUUGCGGAGUUGCCGUGCCCGGAUCGGCGCGGAGGAUGUCCAGGGAUAGCAUCGCUCACACCCCCGUGUACACCGCCCCGGACUGCAGCCAGGACCCGCUCUGAUGGACGCGGGGUGGGCGCGGACCCUGGGCUAGAGCCGCCGAGGGUUGCAGGAGGACCCGUCGCUGUGACUUUUCUUUCUCUCUCUCUAUCUCUCUCCCUCUACCGUUCUCUCCGGUCGUGUCCAGCGAGGUGCUAGCCCAUGCCGGGGAGCCCACGGGGCGGCUGAAGGGCGGGGGAUGUAUGCGCUACUGCCUGCUCCGGCCCCCGCUCGCUGCCGCUGCCGCUUCCCCUGCCCCUGAUCCCGCAGCGGCCACUCGAGCCCCCGAGGCCGGGCCAUGGCCGCGGCUCUCGCCAGCUCUCUCAUCCGGCAGAAGCGGCAGGCGAGGGAGAACAACGCGGACCGAGUGUCGGUCACCAAGCGCCGGAGCAGCCCGAACAAAGCCAAGAAGUCGCUCUGCGAGAGGCACGGUCUCGGCGUCUUCUCCAAAGUCCGCUUCUGUAGCGGCAAGAAAAGGCCGGUCCGUAAAAAAACAGUUUGUACAGACCCAGAGCUAAAAGGUAUCGUGACGAGGUUAUUCAGCCAACAGGGCUUCUAUCUACAAAUGCAGCCGGAUGGAAGCAUCAAUGGCACAAAGGAUGAAAACAGUAAUUACACUCUGUUCAACCUGAUCCCUGUGGGACUGCGGGUGGUGGCGAUACAAGGUGUGAAGUCUGGCCUCUACGUGGCCAUGAACGGCGAAGGACUUCUCUACAACUCGGAACUGUUCACAGCAGAGUGCAAGUUCAAAGAGUCCGUCUUUGAGAACUAUUACGUGAUCUACUCCUCGACAUUGUACCGGCAGCAGGAGUCUGGACGAGCCUGGUUCCUGGGGCUCAACAAAGACGGCCAGAUCAUGAAGGGCAACCACGUCAAGAAAACCAAGCCAUCUUCCCAUUUUCUACCCAAGCCAAUCGAAGUUUGCAUGUACAGGGAGCCGUCGAUGCACGAAAUCGGGGAUAAAACCACGCGCUCGCGGAAAAGUUCGGGAACGCCGACCAUGAACGGAGGAAAAGUCAUGAAUCAGGAAGAGUGUACAUAGCAGGAGAGCGGGGACUGGGAAUCUGAACUCGACCACAGGCACAAUUUACAGCACCAAACACAGCAAAGUUGCAUAUUUAAACUCGAGACGGGAGGAUUAUUAUGAACAAGUGAGUCCUCCACAUUAACUGAUGAAGCCAUGAUCUUCGCCUGAAGGAGAAUAAUUAAAUCAGGAUUUGAUUUUCAUUGUUUUAUCAUGCAGAACUCCACACAUUUGUGGUAAACUCAGCUACGAAACGUUAAAUAAAUUAGCAAAUAAAAGAACUUAGCUUUUACCCGAAAUUAGAAAAAGAAAUGUCCCUCAGAAAGUAGAGGUCUUUCAUUCGCUUCUCAACCGGUGAAAACCUUAGACCAGAAGAUGGGAUUCUAUUUGCCAGCCACACCCCCCUCAUUGUAUUCUCACCUGAGGAACCGGUCCAUCGUGGUGGAUCCAUCCAGCAGAAGCACACUCAGUGGUCCAUGGUGUCAGCACACUUGGCCAACCAACUUCCAUCCACAACCAGAACAUGCCAGACCAUCUCACACAACGUAAUGGACUCUCAGUCUCAGUCGAACUGAAACCAAAAAGGAUUAAGAUAGGGUCAAGUGAAGGAUGUCCAAUACAUGCUUGCUUGAGGGGUGACCCUGCUUCUGCCUUGGUGGAUAGUUGGCUGGUGGGAAGUAGAUGGCAUUUCCUUUGACUUCUCCCUCCAUUAGGUCGGCACAAUAGUAAAGCUGGUAAAGCCGCUGCCUCACAGCACCAGAGACGCGGGUUCGAUCCUGACCUCGGGUGCUGUCUAUCUGUGUGGAUCUCCCAGUGACCCUGUUUUCUCCGGGUGCUCCGGUUUCUGUCCUGACUCCAUCUGAUCAUCACAUAUUAACCCAUCCAUUGGACCUCCAUUGGCCGUUGAACCCUUGGCCCAAAAUGUUCUCAUUUACCUACUUGUGAGCAGUUUGCUCUGUUAUUUUAGAGAUUGGUGACAUAACCAAAGAAUGGUCUCGGUGGAAUCAUGAUUUUUUUUGCCCACAAGUGUAGGUGCAAAAAAAAAAAGCACAAAGAAAAAAGAUUUAAAGAAACAAGGAACUGCAGAUGCUGGUUUACAAAAAAAGAUGCAAAGUGCUAGAGUAACUCAGUAGUUCAGGCAACAUCUCUGGGGAACAUGGAUAUAUGUGGUUUCUGGAUUGCUGAGUCUCUGAAGAAGGGUCCCGGUCAAACACAUUGCCUAUCCCUGUUCUCCAGAGAUGCUGCCUGACCCGCUGAGUUACUCCAGCACUUUGUGUCUUUUUUUAAUAACCGGCAUCUGCAGUUCCUUGUUUCUACAGUGUAGCCAUGAUGUUGCUGAAUGUAUGGCCUUAUCUGUAAUUCUUGUAGGGUCCCCUCUCCUUCAAUGCCAAUGCAAGAUGCUUUUCCCUCUUCAAUCAUCCAGGCAUCUGCUGCAAUUUGUGGGCAAGGUCUGGGGAAGAGCAUGGUGACAAUGAAGCCUGUGGUACAGGACCCGGGGUUCAAGUUAGUGUAGUUGAUAAGGUUCAGUGAACCUCCAACACCACAAGGAUGCUGAUUGAAGCAUGGAUAUCAGCCGCUCAUCCUGAACUUCCAUAUGAAUCAGCAGCAGAGCGCGGGAGGCUGAAGGGUGAUCUUAUAGAGGUGUAAAAAACCCUGAGGGGAAUAGAUAGGGUGAUUGCACUGAGUCUUUUACCUAGAGUUAGUCAAUCAAGAGCCAUGAGGUGUGAUCUUCUAGAUGGUGAGGGGAAUAGAUAGGGUAGAUGCACAGAGUCUUUUACGCAGGGUAUGGGAAUCAAGAACUAUAGGACUGAAGGGUGAUCUUACUGUGGUGCAUAAAAUCAUAAGAGGAAUAGUUAGGGUGAAUGCACAGAGUCUUUUACCCAGGGUUGGGGAACCAAGAACCAAAGGAUAUAGCUUUGAGGUGAGAGGGGAAUAUUUAAUAGGAACCUGAGGGGCAACAUUUUCACAUAGCAAGCUCUGCCGAACAGCAGUGAGAUGAUAGCCAUGUUACCCUAAAGCUCUUUGGGAUAUGCUGGAGUGAUGAGAACGGUUGGCAAACCAUGUUAUUCCUUGGAGUGUGGGAGGCUAGGAUGUUAUCUUGUAGAGAUAUGUAAAAUCAUGAGGGGGACAGGAAGGGUGAGCGGACAAUCUUUUUUCCCCCGGGUAGAGGAAUCAAGAACUAGAGGACGUAGGGGUAUGGUGUGAGGGGAAAGAUUUAAUAGGAACCUGAGCGGCAACUUUUUCACUAAAGUGAUUUUUGUACAGAAAUAAAAACAGUUAGAUACGUAGGAUUGGGACAGCCUCUCUCCAGUCAAGGUGUUUGAGUUUGGGUGGUCUAUACAUAGAAUAAUAUAUUUAUAUGAAAUAAAAUGAAAGGACGUAUGUUUAAGGUGAGAGGGGCAACAUUUAAUAGGAACCUGAGGGGCACUUUUUUCAUACAGAGGUGGUGGGUAUAUGGAACGAGCUGCCAGAGGAGGUGGUUAAGGCAAGUACUGUAACUACAUUUAAAAGAUAUUUGGACAGAUACUUGGAUAGGAAAGGUUUGGGGGCAUUUGGCCCAAACACGGGCCGGUGGACUAGCUUAGAUGGAGUAUCUAUGUUGACAUGGCCAGGUUGGGCCGAAGGGCCCUUUUCCCCACUAUUUGACUCGAUGGCUAAUAUGUGUGGGUUAUUUGCAGUUCGCUAGAUACCCAGGUGUAUUGAAGGAAGCUCCACAUUCAAGCUUUCUGGGUGGGUGGGUUAUACUAGGAAUAAUAGAUUUGCAGAAUGAUUUACUGGGUGGGAAUUAAGGGAUUUAAGGGUUGGGGUUUGAAAGAUUUAUAAAUGUGAAAGGAAUACUGAGUCAUGAGACAUCUAAUUGUGUGGUACAGCUUUUAUUUCAAAUAAACAACAUCCCAAAGUGA